UUGAGUAGUGAAUUUUCUAAUUCAGAAACUGGUCUUAAAGCUUUAUGGAAAGAAAUAGCUCCAGCCAUCUAUUCGUUAAGUCCUCGCCGUUUACGCCUUGGUUUUAGUCCCACUGAAAUAACGUCUUAUUACUCUGAAGACUGUAUUCGAAGUGAUGCUGAACUAGUUCAAAAAUAUCUGGAAAACGUUAAAAUUGAAGCGUAUAAUACCCGACUUUUAAGAGUAGUAACUCCAACUCCAAAGUUUAUUCGAUUCGGUUUGCGUCGGCUGAGAAAAAUUCAACCUGUGCAUUUUGAUGCCCUUCCUUCGGGAACUUCUUUGCAGCUCGAGUACGGUGACUACUGCGAACUUAUGGAGUUACUGGUUGACUGCUCUUUAGAUGCCAAAGCACACUCUCUUAACAAAAUCGAAUCAGAAAUGUGGGAUCAUUAUGCUCAGAGCUUUUAUACUGGGUCCUUAGACUCUCACAAAGAUGCUUCUAGACUAUGGGUCAAGGACAAAUGCCCUGUGGUUGAAAAUUACAUUGGCUUUAUUGAAACUUAUCGUGAUCCUUUAGGUGUACGUGCAGAGUUCGAGUCAUUUGUCGCAGUUGUGAAUCGAUCAAUGUCAUCUAAAUUUCAGCGGCUAGUAGACAAUGCUGUUGAAUUGUUAUCUAAUUUGCCAUGGCCUUCUACUUACGAAAAAGACAGGUUCUUACAACCAGACUUUACAAGUUUGGACGUAGUAACGUUUGCAACCUCAGGAAUCCCUGUUGGAAUUAAUAUUCCUAACUAUGAUGAUGUGCGCCAAGUUGAUGGAUUUAAAAAUGUAUCCUUGGGGAAUGUACUCAGUGCUCGCUUCAAGGACCCUAAAUCAGAAUUUCUCCGAGAGGAAGACAAGAAGUUGUAUGUGGAUCAUGCGGAGAGUUCUUUCGAACUUCAAGUUGGACUUCAUGAAUUGUUAGGCCAUGGUUCUGGGAAGCUCUUUCAACGUAGUGGCGAUGGAAUACUGAAUUUUGACACAAAUUCUACGAAAGAUAUCAUAAGUGGAGGUCCCAUACGUAGUUGGUAUGUCGGUUACUUUCACUUUCCUAUGAUGAAACUUUGUGAGAAGCUGUGCUUUGUUGUAGCAAUGUCUGUUAUUCUUACUACAAUGUGUUUCGCUAUUAUCAGACCGGCACUUGUGUUAUACAGCUUCUCUUCUCUUUUCAUCCUUUUAUACCUCCUGAGAGUUUACAACUACUGGAAAAAUAAAUACUUAUUGUUCAUGUUGGACCCAUGCUACUUUAUCAACUUUGUGUCAUUGAUCUUCAUCUGGUUAUUGCCGCAAUCGCACGCCAUGCAGUUGUUCCACUUUGGUCUUGCCAAUUCUCUAGCUUUCGGUGGGGCGUUUCUGUUCCGUAACACCCUUGCUCUGCACGACAUUCAAAGACUUACUUCGUGUUUUAUACACGUCUUGCCUGCCCUUUUCUCAUUCUUAAUUCGGUGGCAUCCAUCGGAAACAUCAGUUUGGUGGUAUACCAACUUAUAUGAUUCCCAUGCUUCUCUAGAAUUGUUGUCCUGGAAUAAAAAUAUCGACUGGUUCUGGCUUGUUGCAGCUCCUACUUUAUUCCAUUUCGUACGUGAGAUGCUAUAUUAUACUAUAAUUUAUGGAAUUGUCAAACCCAGUGAUGAUUAUUUAGAUAGUUUCCGAUAUUUACAUAAAAAGAAAAUUCUAUGGCGUUUCUUCUGGAAAUAUAUUGGUGAUCGAUGGCAUUUGAUUAGUUGGAUAGCUUGCAGUAUCAUACUGUCUACAAUUCUCCUAUUAGUUGCUAUCGUUGCAUGGUGCAAUUAUCUAUUCCAUGCAUCUAUGUUGAUUAUUCAAACAUUAACGCUAAUAUGGAAUGGUGCAUGUUUUUAUUUAGAUUAUUUCCCCAUUGAAUAUACACGUAAUUUACGAAUAGAACCAGAACAAGGUAUGAUUACUGUAACUAAAAAUGAAAAUCACAUUGAUAAGAAUAAUGAUAUAGAAAUAGUUCAUGAACGUAUAAUAAACGAUGAUGUUUAUAACAACAUAGCUGCCAGUGUAUUUUCAUGUUAUCCAACACCAGAUGAAUCAAACUCGAGAGUUUAUGAAGAUGGGCAUAUAACAGUUGAUGAACAAAAGGGAUUGAAAUAUGAAAGUAAUACUUCUCAUUAA